AUGGAGUGCCUGCCGGUUCUGCUGCUCUGGGGUCUCCCCCAGAUUUGGGCAAGUUCUGAGGCUCUGCGCUCUCCCGGCCGCCCGCUGCGCCCCUCCGGUCCCCACGUUCUGCCCGCGCCUCCGAGCAGCGCCCGCCUCCGCGGCCUCCAGAUCUCGUCCUUCGCCAACGGCAGCUGGACGCGCACCGACGGCUCCGCCUGGCUGGGGGCGCUGCAGACCCACUCUUGGAGGAACGGCUCGGACAUCCGCUUCCUGAAGCCCUGGUCCCACGGCACCUUCAGCGACCAUGAGUGGGCGCAGCAGCAGCAGCUGUUCAGGGUGUAUCGGAGCAGCUUCACCAGGGACAUACGGGCAUUCGCCAAAACGCUGCACCUGGACUAUCCCUUGGAGGUCCAGGUGUCCGCUGGGUGUGAGGUGCACCCUGGAGCCCCCCCAGAAGUCUUCUUCCACACAGCAUUUCAAGGAAGCGAUAUAUUGAGUUUCCAGGGAACUUCCUGGGUGCCCGCCCCCGGUGCCCCACCUUGGGCCGAGACCAUCAGCAACAUGCUCAACAAGGACCAUGAGACCAGGGACACAAUCCAGUGGCUCCUCAAUGACAUUUGCCCCCAGUUUGUCACAGGCCUCCUUGAGCUAGGGCAGCAGGAGCUGGAGAAGCAAGUGAAGCCCGAGGCCUGGCUGUCCAGCGGCCCCCCUCCUGGUCCUGGCCGGCUGCUGCUGGUGUGCCACGUCUCAGGAUUCUACCCAGAACCUGUGUGGGUGCGGUGGAUGCGAGGUGAGCAGGAGCAGCCGGGCACUCAGCAGGGGGACGUCCUGCCCAGUGCUGACGGGACGUGGUAUCUCCGAGUGACCCUGGACGUGGCGGCGGGGGAGGCAGCUGGCCUGACCUGCCGAGUGAGGCACAGCAGCCUCGGAGGCCAGGACAUCGUCCUCUACUGGGAGGGGAGUCAUGCGCCGGUGGGCUUGAUCGUCACAGCGGUGCUGGCAUCCCUCCUUCUGAUAGGCGGAGGCGUAGCCUUCUGGCUUAAGAAGCGCAGAUCUUAUCAAGACAUCCUGUGACUGUCCUCGCCACACCUGCCUGCAACUCAGGACCUCAAGUUCCCAGGACUUCGGUACCCAGGAGCUGAGGGUGAAAGAGAGGUACCUCGAAGAAGCAGAGAACAAUCACAAGCCAGCUCUCAUCAUGCCCCCUUGAUACUUUCAGAGAAUUUAAGCAUACUGCCUGUUUAUAAGCUCAGGUGGUUCUUAAAAACAGAGCUGCAAACUCAGAUGCCUACCAGGGACGAGCAGAGAAGGGCCGACGCGAGGGCUCCCGUGGCCUUUGUUGAAACGCUGGAGUCUGCAGAGACCUGGAAAGCACUUGUCCUGUUCAGGGGAAGCAGGUCCAGCUGCUUGUUGUCAAACGGAAAGUCAGACCCUGGGUUGGCUGUGACCUACAUUUUUCAAGAAAAGCGGAAGUCUGGAUUUUCAUGUGAACGUACCUGAUGUUAAAAUAUUGACUCAAACUUUUACACAAUUCAGGGUGUGGAACCCCAAAUACACCUCUGCUAGUUAAGAACAACUUGGGGGGCUUUCAGUUUGUAUCUUUUAGGAAAGCUGUGGUGAAUGUCACAUUGGCAGUUUGAGGACAUCAUUUCUAUUGUGAAUUUGGAUUUAUAAAGGGAUAUUUUUAUCUUUAAAAAGAAAGUUAGGUCAAAGGA